AUGAAGCGCCCCAUCCAGAUGGGCCCCUUUGAGGUCACCCCCAUCCGCGUGACCCACUCCAUCCCGGACUGCUGCGGCCUCAUCAUGCGGUCUGAGCACGGCACCAUAGUCCACACAGGGGACUGGAAGAUCGACGAGGACCCGGUGGACGGGGAGGCGUUUGACCGGGAGAGCUUCGACCUGCUGCACAAGGAGCCGAUUGCGCUCAUGAUGUCGGACUCCACCAACGUCCUCGCGCCCGGCCGCACCACGAGCGAGCGGACGGUGGAGGCCGCCCUGGCCGCGCGCGUGCUGGGCCACGCCGGCAAGGGGCGCGUCAUAUGCACACAGUGCUUUGGCGGCACCCACACGGCGGCCAUCUCCUCAAACUCAUAG